AUUCAACCCAUGUUGUGCGUCAAACUGCACGUCACAGAUACAUAGGAUAGAGUGUUUGAGGGGAAGUGCGCAUAUAUCUCUGCCUUUUAACACCUCAGGCUGAGGUUUUGGCAUCGCAGGAUCCGCCAUGAUUUCCUUCUGGAAGGGGGAUGGAACGCCUUGUUGGGGGUUCUGCUGGGUUCUGCUCGGGUUCUGGAGGGCUUGCGACGCUUGUCCCGCAUCUUGCAUUUGCAAUGCGUCCAGAAUCGUAUGUCUUGAACAGGAUCCUGGGCUUGUGGCAUUCCCUGUUCUCCAGUCAGAUAUUGACAUGGAAAAUGUCACCGAAAUAUUUAUUGCAAAUCAAAGCAGACUAUCUUCAAUCAAUGACAAUGAUCUAAAGUUCUAUACAAACCUCAGGAGUCUAACUGUGACAAAGACAGACUUGACUUCCAUUUCCCCAGUGGCCUUUCUGAGUAACGCCAAACUGCAGUAUCUGAAUCUAAAGGACAACAGAUUACCUACGUUGUCAUGGAAAUCCUUUCAAAACAUAAACAUUUCAUAUCUGCUGCUGGGUGGAAACCCUCUCCAAUGCUCCUGUGGGAACCUCUGGCUCAGACACUUUCUGGGAGAGCAGGCUGAGAGCCAGAAGUUGCGCUGUCUAGAAGAAGGUGUUGGAGAGAAGCCGCUGUCCCAGCUCUCUCCUCCCACAUGCGUUCCUCCAAAUACUGUGACCAGUCCAUCUGUCAUCACUGAAAUGGAAGGAAGUGAAAUUGCAGUGACAUGUAGUACAUCUGGGGUACCCACUCCUCAGCUUAAAUGGGACACAAGCAGUAUAGUCACUGUACGUCAGGUUGAUAGCUAUGCACUCAAGGCUGUCCUAACCCUGAAGGGGCUUUCUGUUUCCGACAACGGCCGACGGGUCAUGUGCAGCGCUGAGAACACGGCCGGGGGCAGCGAAGCCUCUGUGCUGCUCAACAUUCUGUUUUCUCCAAGGAUCCUGCAGCUCCUGACUCCAGUGCUGGAUCACCACUGGUGCAUCCCCUUCAGUGUGGCGGGAAAUCCCAGGCCAGAGCUGCAGUGGUAUCACCAAGGGAUGCUCGUCCCUGACCAAAUCUACAUCAAGACGCUGAUCCACGACUGGACAGAGAGCGAGUAUCACGGCUGUCUGCAGCUAGACAAUCCUACACACAUUAACAAUGGGGAUUACACUUUGGUGGCCAAGAACCAGUUUGGCCAGGACCAGAAGACAGUGUUUGCACACUUCAUGCGCAUGCCUGAGAUUGAUUUUGAUUAUGAUGCUGACUCUGAACCUGCUGAUAGUGUGGCUGUGUAUGUAGUCGUGGGAGUUGCAGCCGUGGCUUUUACUGGAUUCAUUCUUUUGCUGGUUCUUCUGAAAUUUGGAAGAAACUCAAAAUUUGGAAUGAAAGCAUCAUCUUCUGUGAUCAGUAACGAUGAUGACUCUGCCAGCCCCCUUCAUCACGUUUCAAAUGGCAACACUACCCCGUCAGAGAUGGGAAAUGACUUGGUCAUGAUUGGAAUGACAAAGAUUCCAGUUAUUGAGAACCCACAAUACUUCAGCGGCUCUAGCAGCUUGCUCCAAUCACACACUUUCGUUAAGCACAUCAAACGACACAACAUCGUCCUGAAGAGGGAGCUGGGAGAGGGGGCAUUUGGCAAGGUCUUCCUGGCAGAAUGUUACAGCUUGUCUCGCGAUCAGGAGAAAAUGCUGGUAGCUGUUAAGAUGCUGAAAGAAGCCAGUGAAGACUGCCGGGCAGACUUUCGGCGGGAAGCAGAGCUUCUGACUAACCUUCAGCAUGAACACAUCGUGACUUUCUAUGGUGUCUGUGUGGAAGGUGACCCUCUCAUCAUGGUAUUUGAGUAUAUGAGACAUGGGGAUCUCAACAGGUUUCUCAGGGCACACGGUCCUGACGCAGGCCUGAUGGCAGAUGGGCGGCAGGUGGUGCAGGCUGAGCUCAGCCCCUCCCAGAUGCUGCACAUCGCCCAGCAGAUUGCUGCAGGGAUGGUGUACUUGGCUUCUCAGCACUUUGUGCAUCGUGACCUGGCUACACGCAACUGCUUGGUAGGGGAGAACCUUCUCGUGAAGAUCGGAGACUUUGGGAUGUCCCGGGAUGUGUACAGCACUGAUUACUAUAGGGUGGGAGGCCACACCAUGCUCCCCAUACGCUGGAUGCCCCCAGAGAGCAUCAUGUACAGGAGGUUCACCACGGAAAGUGACGUGUGGAGUCUGGGUGUCGUUCUGUGGGAGAUCUUCACCUAUGGCAAGCAGCCCUGGUACCAGCUGUCUAACAAUGAGGUGAUCGAAUGCAUCACACAAGGCCGGGUCCUCCAGCGACCUCGUACCUGCUCCAAGGAGGCUUACGACCUGAUGCUAGGCUGCUGGCAGCGAGAGCCACACCUUAGGAUUAACAUCAAGGAGAUUCACAACUCACUGCUUAAUUUGGCGAAAACCUCACCCGUCUACCUGGACAUCCUGGGCUGAGACAUUGAGACACCUUGUGUGACGGUGAAAGGGUGUUUGUGUGUGAGAAAGAUGUUUGCAUGUGUACAGGAUGUAUGUGUUUGUGUUUGUUCAUCUAAUUCCCGCUUCUGCCUAUUGAGAUGUACAAAAUAUUUUCUAAUGGGGAAAAAACAAAGAAUCAAUUUAAAAAUCAAUUUCGUUCCCAAAGCACAGUGGAGGUACAUAGACUUUUGACUGAAAAAAAAAGAACUAGAAAAUAUUUCUGUAAUUGUUUAUUUUACCUGAAAAUAUAAUGGAAAACAAUUUAAUAACCCAGAACCAGUAGUAUUUUGAGUGAAAAAGCAACACACCCAUAAAAUCUAUGUACAGCAUCACGUUUCAUGAUUUAUGCUAAGGAUAUGGAAAUGUCAUUGUACGGUGUUGUAGGCUGAAAAAGUUGUUGAUUAAAAAUCUGUUAUUUAGAUAACAGCAAUUUUAAUUAAAAUAUUUAUUACAUAUAUAUGAAGUAAGAAAUUUCUCCACGAGAAAAAUCUUGUGAACUGAUUAAUCUCAGUAUCCACCAGCUCCAUCUGUAACAUAUAAAUUGAUUUAAGAUGAUAUUUUAGGUAUUUUCAGUUGUGUGUUUCUCCAAUGAAGGCAGAAAUGACUGGAUAUUUACCAUUUCUUUUUCUAGAUUAUUGGUUCUGUACUCUGAUUUGUGCAAUAAGGAUAUUAAAGAUAAUGAAGGAGAAUCA